AUGCGUAUCCCGCGUAUCAUAAGUGGAGCCUGUGGGCGCCCGUCACACAUCACGCUAUACAGAAGUUGGCGACAUAGAGGGCAGCUUGCCUUUUUUUCGGAGGAAGUUCCGUCCUUUCUUUGA